CGGAGCUCUGAGUAGUCCGGCGGUGGCAGGUGGGAUGGAGGCUUUCGUGCACUUCAGCAACCAGACGCAGGGUCGGGAGCGACUCUUUCGAGCAACUCAAUAUUCAUGCAUGCUGCUUAGCUAUAUGUUAGAGCGUAAGAGUCACCAAGAGAAAAUGGUUAUGAAGCUCAAACUUCUGGAAUCAAGCAUGAGUUCAGGACGCAAGAUGUUUAGGCUUGGCAAUAUGGUGCACGCCAUUGUAGCAGCCCGUCAAGCUGCCCAGUUGCCCAGGGCAAUUCCUCGCUUCUGCCUGACAGCCUCCAACAUGAACCGUGCUUUGUACUUCGCCUGUGACACCAUCUUGUGGGUGAAGAGCAUUGGGCUCCUCUCGGAGAUCAAUAAGAAGAAGUGGCGCAACUGGGCAACCAAAUGCUACUACUAUUCCCUGGUGAUCAACCUAGCCAAGGAUUUUUAUGAGCUCUGCUGGCGCAUGGAGCAGAUGGCAUGCAGUCAGAAUCCUGAAAAGUUCUUGUCUCCUGACAGGCAGAAAUGCCAGAGCGUGGCUUUCCUGGCAAACGGUGAGCUACAGCCUUUCCUCCUGCUUGUUUACCUCACAUUAAAGAACUAUCCACCCCUCUUGCUGGAUACGGUGAAGAACCUCUGUGAUCUCUUUAGUCCAUUGGACCGUCUGGGCAUCUACAAGACCAGCCCUGGAGUUAUAGGGCUCUGUGGCCUUAUCUCCUCCAUAGUGGGAAUCCUCACUGUGGCGAGACCACACCUACGGUUGAAACACUGACAUUGAACCUUCUCUUUUGCACGGUGGCAUUUCACACCUUGUGCAUAUUGGCUUCCCCUCUUUAAUACGGAGAUUUGUCCUCCCCACCCCCAGUUGAAUUCUUUCUUCUUUCCUUGUGCUGUCACAUAGGGCAGCACAAGGCGCCUGGGUUAUGUUUGGAGAGGAACAACGGCCAUUGAAGACAUUUCUCUAGCUAUGCAACAGAAGAAGCAAAAUGGUACUGAACUGUCACUAGUCAAGACGUGUCAGUGUCAAAUCUUGCUGAGAUGGGUGGCUGUAGAAAUCAAAUAAAUAAAUAAACUCUUAGUGAGGAGCCAGUCAGUCUUUUAUUCUGGGAAGGAGAAAAGCAGAUUUGAAGUUAGUUUGAAAGGGAAUUGUCUCUUAAGGUUACGGUCUAGACCUCUAACAGAAAGGAGAUUUCGUUCCUUCAUGUGCAAUUUGGAGCACUGUUUCCAGAUGCUAAAAGUGAGGUGCAGGUGGGGAGAGGUUUUUUGGUGCUCCUACUUAGUCUACGCAUUGCUAAAAAUGAGAGAGCUUUGUUGAUGGGCGGGGCCAAGAAAGAGUUUUGUGCCUUUUUCUUCAGCAUUCUGAUAUUCUGUGGAAUAAGUACAAUUGCUCUUUCAUUUUGGCUGAGAAAAAAAAAUUAUAAAUAAAAGAAUUUAUAAACCUUUAACUUUGGAUAUGACUCCACUACUAGUUUACAGGGCAUAGUAAGAUAUACAGUUGAUUUUUUAAGUGCCCAGUUGGCAAAACUCUGGAGGGUUGGUUAGCCAUACUUUAUCAACUUUGGCUAUUUGGUACCUAGUUGGGGAAAGUUAUUUGACUCAUUUUCUGCACAGGCUUUCAAUACAAUUUCUA